AUGCUCUUCUACGGAACGCACCCUCGAGACAACAACAUGACCGAGACAAAUUCAUUUGCCCAAGCGCAACGGCGCCUGGCCGCCCGCCGCCAAGCCCGCGAGGCCGAGGCCGCCGCGCGCAUCGCCGCCAAGCGCUCCGAGUCGCAGCUGCGCGCCCGCAUCGCGUCGACACAGUCGCCCCUCCUGCGCCGCCUGGGCUCGUCGACCCUGUCGCUCUGGGACGCCAUAUCGAGCCGCGAGGGCACCCGCCCCGCCUUCCGCGUCGGCCAGGUCGACGCCGAGCUGCUCGACGAGGAGCUCGUCGAGCUGCUGCGCGGCCAGGUCGGCGACGCCCUGCGCUACUUUGGCGGCGCCGGCGCUACUAACACAAACAACCUCAAGGAGGAGUGGGGCGCCGAGCUGUCGAUGGCCCUGCGCGCCGUGUUGUUCAAGCUGACCGUCUGGGACCACGACGCCACCUACGGUGCCGCCCUGCAGAACCUCAAGUACACGGACGCGAGACGCGACGGCAGCGUCCUGGCCGCCCCGACAAGGUGGCAAAAGUCCAUGUACGGACUCGUCACCGUCGGAGGCAAAUACCUGUGGGCAAAGUGGGAGGACUGGCUGCUGGACCAGGACGACGGGCUUGACGACCCGAGCCCGCGCGUGCAGCGCCUGUCGCACCUGACAUCGACGCUGUCUACCGUCCACGCGGCCGCCGCUCUCGCCUCGUUUCUCGUCUUCCUCCUGCACGGCAGGUACCGGACCCUACUCGACAGGGUGCUGAGGAUGCGGCUGGCACCGCCCACCAGCCAGGUCAGCCGCGAGGUGUCGUUCGAGUACCUCAACCGGCAGCUUGUCUGGCACGCGUUCACCGAGUUCCUGCUCUUCGUGCUGCCUCUUGUGGGCAUCAGCCGGUGGAGGCGGUGGCUCAUGCGGACGUGGAGGAAGACGAAGCAGAUGGUCAGGGCGGGCGGUAGCGGUGGCGGUGGCGAGGGCGGCAGCGACGAGAAGAAGGGAGAAUACGCCUUUCUGCCCGAGAGGACCUGUGCCAUCUGCUACCAAGACCAGAACUCGGCCGUGUCGGAAAACGACAUCCUCGCCGCGGCGGCCCCGAGCAGCGCCGCCGGCGUCGUGGGCUCGGCCCAGACCGACGUGACGAACCCCUACGAGGCCAUGCCGUGCGGGUGCGUCUACUGCUUCGUGUGCCUGGCGACGAGGAUAGAGCGCGAGGAAGGCGACGGGUGGCCGUGCCUCCGGUGCGGCGAGGUCAUCAAGGAGUGCAAGCCGUGGGCCGGCGACGUGCUGGAGUCGCCGGCGAAAUCGCCAAACACAAAGACGGUCGUGUUUGCCGACGACGUCAAGCCCGCGUCCGACGACGACGACGACGACGACGACGCCGGGGACGGCAGCUCCAGAGUGCUGGUCGAGAGGUUCGACAAGGGCAGCAUCGAGGAGCUGGGCCCCUUGCCGGAAGAGCUACCAGACCAAUCCACCGGCUCCUCCGCGGCCGACUCGGAAGACUACGAAGCCGAAGAGGACGAGCUAGGCGGCGAUACCGACUUGUAA